CACACACACACACAGGCACAGAGGAGGAGAGACAUCUUUAGAGUUGGCGCGAGGGUGGUUUCUCUCCGCUGGACUCAGGAAACCUAAACGCUCCGCCUAGCGAGCCAGCGGAGGAGGAGAAGGAGGAGGAGGCACCACCCUUCCCUUUGGGCUCCACUUCCUGGAGAAACUCUCCCUGUGGGGAGUUUCGCCCGAGCGUCCAGCUUCUUCGGCACCUGGAAAGAGGAAGCGGCGGGGGAGGAGCAACCGCAACACCUGUCCAAAAUGAAGGACCGGCUGGAGCAGCUGAAAGCGGUGAGCGAAUGAAAACAGGACCAGGAUGAUGCAGACGAUGACCUGGAAAUUGCUAUCGAUAACACUGCUUUCAUGGAUGAUUUUUUUGCAGAGAUUGAAGAAACCCGACAGAAUAUUGACAAAAUUUCAGAGAAUGUAGAAGAGGCCAAAAAACUGUACAGCAUUAUCCUGUCUGCCCCCAUCCCUGAACAAAAGACAAAGGAUGAUAUGGAACAGCUCACGGCAGAUAUAAAGAAAAUGGCUAACAGUGUCCGAAAUAAACUUAAAAGCAUGGAGCGGAACAUUGAGCAGGAUGAGGUUCGAUCGUCAGCUGAUCUGCGGAUACGAAAGUCCCAGCAUUCAGUCCUUUCUCGAAAGUUUGUUGAUGUGAUGACGAAAUACAACGAGGCACAGGUUGACUUCCGGGAACGGAGCAAAGGGAGAAUCCAGCGGCAGCUUGAGAUCACCGGGAAGAAUACAACAGAUGAGGAGCUGGAGGAAAUGUUAGAGAGUGGGAAUCCAUCAAUAUUCACAUCUGGGAUAAUGGAUUCCCAGAUUUCAAAGCAAGCCCUGAGUGAAAUUGAAGGACGGCAUAAGGACAUUCUGCGGCUCGAAAGUAGCAUAAAGGAGCUUCAUGACAUGUUUGUGGACAUUGCCAUGCUGGUGGAGAACCAGGGAGAAAUUGUAGAUAACAUAGAACUGAACGUGAUGCACACCUUAGAUCAUGUAGAGAAAGCUCGUGAGGAAACCAAAAAGGCCUUGAAAUAUAAGAGUAGUGCGCGCAAGAAAACAAUAAUUAUCAUUGUGAUAGUGGUUGUCUUGCUCGGAAUUGUAGCUCUCAUUAUUGGACUUUCAGUAGGGCUGAAGUGAAAGCAGCCAACAGGGCUGCAUGCUCUGAACCACGCUCCCAAGCUCUGCCUAAGUUGGUAGCAAGAUUUUCCCCUCCUGUGGUGUGACCUUUCCCUGACUACCCUCCGACCUGGCUGCUUGGAUUAAGUAUGAAUGAUUUCCAGCAAAACGAGCUCACCCGCACCAGUGCUUCCUGCAAGAGCAAUGUACUGUUCUGGUGCACUCCUCGGAUAAAACUCUGUAUCGGGAAGAUUCUGUAGUGUACCUUUGCUGAACCCAGGAAGUCCAGAGACUGCCUUGCACUCCAGAGGAAACUUACCGUCAAAUCUGCUCCUUACCCAUCCCUUCCUCCCCAUGACACCUGAAACCUCCAAUUCGAACAUUUCCUGUUUUUAAGCCGACAGUUUUCUACAAUGUUCUACAUACAGUAGAAAGAACUGUAAAAGAAAUUUUGUUGUUGCCUACCUCAUGGCCUUGUUUUCAGCUGUGCCUCUUCCUUUUCUCCUUUCCUGCACCUUUUCCAAAAAUGAUUGUGCCCAAAUUCUUAAUAGAAAUGCCAGGUAUUAUCCCUCAUACAAAUUGCAAAGGUUGCGGUACACAUGAUACUAAAGUACCAUCUAACUGUGCUUUUGAGUCUGGCCUUUGAAAGAGGGAGGCAGGUUUGCAACUCUCACACAGUUCACUGCACAGAAAUUGUAGCAUGCUGGCAGUCCCUUGCACAAACUGCUGGGCCACCCCCAAAGAGAAGGCAGGGUCAAGUGAUGACAUUGAAAACUUAAUAGCGCAAGCGCUUACACAGUGUUUUUAGUCAAUCGGGUACAUUUUGAAGUGAGAUCAGAUUAGUAUCACAGGAACAUAUGCAUCCACUUGAGGCAUGAAAAUUCAACCUAUGGUUUUCUGAUUGCCGGCUGCACUUGCUUAUGUAGCAUUUGCAGCAAAGUCCUCCAAAUGCAAACCAUUUCUGUUGCGUCUCCUACUCGACUCAAGCAUUGCAGCAGAGUUUUCACAUUUUGGGCAGGUGCAACAGGUUGGGAAAUGUGCCACCAGGUGAAGACACUCCUCAGGGAUAUAUGUGGGUUGUAAAUUUAAGACCUCACUUCACUUGUUUGAAAUGCAAUUACAUUUCUGAAUGGAAUAGAAAAUAAUUAUUUCCAGCUUACAAAUUAAAUUUUGUGUGUAUGAGUUGCACAAAUUUGUUUUCUUGAGUGAGUGUACUUUAAUUUUGAAAGCAUGGUUGUGCAUGCUCUUUCUUCCAGUGUAAUUCUGUAUGUAUGUAUGUAUUUGUUGGAUGACAGAAAGGUUUUCAGGAAUCAGAGGCACUCCUUGCUUUGAAGUGUUAUGUUUCAUGCUGAGGUUUGCCCUUUGAAGGUCCACAUUGCAUGCCCCUCCUAAAAUCGCUGUUUUAUUCUGGCAGCUUGGUUUGUAGGACAUGUAAAAACAGGUAUGUAGAAAAACAAGGGGUUGAUGAUAUGACCCAGUUGCUGAGAUGAUUGCCUUUCUGAUAUCUAAGAUCUUAUUAGAGAAGACCUUACUGUUGGAGAAAAGACACCUAUCUUGUUAGAGGUGGAGUCGUUCUGUCCAUUUUCUGAUAAGGGGAUACUUCUAAGAGUUAGUAAGUCCUUAAGUGAUAACUAUUUUCUUCAAAGAUAUGUUGCUGUACUUGAAUUUCACAUUUCUUUGAAUGCAUAACUACGGUGUUACUACAGGUUCUUAGCCCCCACCUUUUUUUUUAAGCUACGUAUGUAUCCUCCUCCUACAGCUGUCACUCAUAGUAACUGAGGGGGUUGUACAUGUGUGUAUAUUUGUGAAUGCAAUAUAAACUCUUAAAACCCAGCUAAGGAGACAUGUGAUAUCCCCUAGUGCAGCAGUCCCCAACCGUUUUUGGUCCUCAGACCAGCUGGGGAAGGCAGGGCACAUCCCAUGCUUGCGCGCAUGCGUGAAUAACCACACACUCUCUCUCGCAUGGGCACAGGCAUGCUUGUGCACAUGCACAAAUGGUGGCGCAGCACUCGCAUGGGCAUGCUGGAGUCGUGCGCAGCCACAAACGGGCUGUGCAAGGAUGCGUGCAUGCAGG